UAAAUGACGCAAGCUCGGAGGAUCUGCUUUUUUGCGGCAAAGUCGCCUCCUUGACUGCUUGACUCCUUUUCCGUCUCCUCACAUCGCUACUAACUACUCUUUAUUAGACCUCCGUGUCGCCAGGAACGCGACUCGUCUCAGUCAGCUUUGAGGAUUGGUUAUUUUAGCGCACUAGUUAGCUUAGCGCGCUAGGUAGCUUAGCACGCUAGUUAGCUUAGCUGCUAACAGACAAGCGGUAGUGAUCAACACGUGACUAAGCAGAGAUCCAAGUGUGAGAGUAAAGUGUCGGGAUUGUGUCAACAUGUGCGAAAGAACCAUAGCAGAGUACAAAGAGGAACUUUGUCCAACAAAAGAGGAGAACGAGAGACUAAGUCAACUACUGGACGUUGUUUGCGACAAACAUCAAGUUGUGCGACACAGGACAGACGCCUGUGAAGAAUAUCUUCCACCCGAGCAGCGGGCGGGGUCCUCUGGUGUGAAGCAGAGCGUGAAAGAGGAGGAGCCGCAGCCCCACCACUUUGAAGAUGACGAAAAGCCGCCACUCUCUCCCCUCUACGAGAGACACCUCGUCACUGUGAAGAGUGAAGACGAGGAGGUCAAAGUUGAGAGUGAGGAGAAGAGAGAGGCGGAGCCUCCCAGAGAAAGUGGUGGAGACCCCUGUGGAGGACCACCAGCAGACAAGAUCUUGGCUCCACUACCACACGGUGAGGACACCACGUCACACUCGAAAGAUGACAACACACACUUGACAUGUCCUCACUGUGACAAAACCUUCCAAUACCCGUGCAACCUGAAAAUACACAUAAGAGCGCACACCAGAGAAAAACCCUACACCUGCUCAGAAUGUGGCAAAGGCUUUUCGCUAAAAGGCAAUUUGACGGUACACAUGGCAACGCACACCGCGGAAAAACCUUUCACCUGCUCAAAAUGCGGUAAAGAAUUCUCCCUUAAAGGCAAUUUGAAGGUACACAUGCGGACGCACACCGGAGAAAAACCUUUUUCCUGCUCGGUCUGCGGCAAAGGUUUCACACAAAAUAGUGGCUUGACGUCACACAUGGGAACACACCCUGGAGGAUCACCAGCUGACAAGAUCUUAGCGCCACCAUCAGACGGUGACGAGAAGACAUCACACUCUGUUGACACUGUCGAAGAAGGCUCUAAAGAUGAUGCAACAUGUCACACUGACAUCACACGCUUGCCGUGUUCUCACUGCGACAGAACCUUUAAAUACGCAAGUAAUCUGAAAAGACAUCUGAGAAAACACACCGGAGAAAACCCUUUUUCCUGCUCAAUCUGUGGCCAAACCUUUAAGACUUCGGGGGACCAGAAAGGACACAUGAGAACACACGCAAGAGAAACACCCUUUUCAUGUUCAAUCUGCGGCAAAGAUUUUACUCAAAGGAACCAUUUGAAAACCCACAUGGGAAUACAUGCUGCAGAACAGCCCGUUUCCUUCUCAGAAGGUACAACUUUUGACGCAAGUCAAUGUUUAAAAUCAGGCAGGAGAAAACACGCUGGAGAAAAACCAUUCAAGUGCUCAAUUUGUGGUGAAAGAUUGACCCGCAAGACGCAAUUGAUAAACCACACAAGAAUACACACCGGCGAGAAACCUUUUAUCUGUUCAGUCUGUGGUACAGGCUUUAAACAACGUUGUGUCUUGAGGGUACACAUGAGAAUACACACUGGAGAGAAACCGUUUUCAUGUUCAACGUGUGGUAAAUAUUACACCCGGAGGCAACAUUUAAGAGCACACAUGAUGAUGCACACCGGAAAAGAACACAUUUCCUGUUCAAGCUGUGGUGAAGCUUUUACAGGAGUUAAUGAGUUGAGAGCACACAUGAGAACGCACACCGGUGAAAAACCAUUCACCUGCUCAAUUUGCAGCAAAACAUUCCCCCAGAAGGCAUAUUUAAUAAAGCACGCCAAAAUACACGGUGGUGAGAAACCUUUUGUCUGUUUAGUCUGCGGUAAAGUUUUUAGUCUGGGCUCCUAUUUGCAAAGACACAUGAGAAGACACGCCGGACAGAACGUGCUGAGUUGCGGUGUAUGCGCUGAGAGAUUCUCUUCCGAGUUCCAGAGUAGGAAACACACGUGUGCCGGUGAGGACAGCAGCAGCAAACUUUAACUUUCUAAUGACAUCAGCACGUGUGUGACAUCAUUCUUGUGUUACAGUCUCGUUUAUAUGCUUCGGACAUCUUUUAGAUGAACAGUUACAUUUCAGUCCGGUACACUACAUCCAUCAAUACACAUUAUUGUGCAUAUCAAACUACACAAACUGCUUCCUUUGAAAAGUCAUAAACUGCUAAUGUUGAUUACCUUUAUUUUACUUUUUUUUUUUUAAUUUGGAUUAAAAAUCUCAGCUUCCUGCGGUCGUGAUUUGUACUAAUGACAUUUUCAUAACAUGGUCACUACUGCCUAGUUUCUCUUGUUACAUUCUUAUUUAGGGUCCGCCCUGUAUGGCAAAGGACUCCAUGUCCUUUGCCAUGGCAAGGACCCUAUUGAAUCUGCUGUGUUUUAUUAUUAGGGUCCGCCCUGUGGAGUCCUUUGCCAUAGGCAAGGACCCUAUUGAAUCUGGUCCGUUUUAUUAUUAUUAUUAUUCCGCCGCCUCUUUGAACUGUUAUUCGACCCCCUGAACAAGCUUCAAAACUCACCAAACUUCACGCACUCAUCAGAACUGGCGAAAAUUGCCAUCUAAUAAAAAAACCAAACCCUAAAAAUCAAAAAUGCGCUCUAGCGCCCCCUACGAAAAAAGAAAACCAGACUGCUUGUAACUUCCGUUAGCAAUGUCGUAGAGACAUGAAACAAAAACCUCUAUAUAGGGCUGACUUGGACCUAGUUUUCAUAAUUGUACUUUCUAUUCCAAAAAUCAACAGAAAUUUGGCAAAAACCCAUUCAAAGCAAAAUUUUCGCGAAAAAUUCAAUUUUUGCCUCUUUGAGCUGCAAUUUGACCCCCUUAAAAUGUUUCAAAACUCACCAAACUUGGCAGACACAUCAGGACUGGCAGAAAUUGCAAUCUAAUGAAAAAAAAAAUUAAUAAAACUCAAAAUUGCGCUUUAGCGCAAUUUUUCAAUAAAACACAGAAAAAACUGCUUCCAGGAGGAAAACACAGACAAAACUGCUUGUAACUUCCGGUAGGAAUGCCGGAAAGACAUGAAACAAAAACUUCUAGGUAGGUCUGACUUAGACCUACAUUUCGAUAAUUGACAUCGUUUGGCAAAAAUCAACAGGAAGUUAAAAAUUGCCCCUUCAAAAUAAAAGUUUUGUAAAAAGCCGUCACCUUUUUCCAGACAAAACUGCUUGUAACUUCUGUUAGGAAUGUCGUAGAGACAUGAAACAAAGACCUCUAUGUUGGUCUGACUAAGAUCGGGACUCGGGACUCGGGACACGGCGGCGGCGGCGGCCAACGGCGGACCCGACCAACGCUGCUUGCAGCUUUAAUUUUCACUGUUAUUAAUUAAUGUUAUGUUUACUAAAGGGGAGUGACGGAAAACGGACACAAGGUGCCAAUAAUGAUAAAACAUUUAUUAUAUAUAUGGUAAAUAUAUAUAUAUAAUGAGAAUACUAAAAAAUACUAACGACUAAAACCAAGGAAAUGAAGUGUGACAAAAACUCAAGAGUGUAUGGUGUAAGACUAAGUGUGUAGAUGAACCGAAGUGUGUGUUACCAAAGUGUUGACGAGAGCGAAGGAACGUCCAGAGGGGACAGGCAGGUGAUCCGGGAUACAAGCGGGGGUCCGUGUGGCUGAGAGGGGCGUCAAGAGGUCCGAGUCUAAAGUGGGGGUCGAGGAUUGAGGGAGGCAGUCAGAGUCCAGAGGGAGAUGAGACGCACAGCUCUCUUUCCAGGCGACGGAGGGUACUGCGGGGGCCACACAAGAAAACACACUGAGAAGACAGAGAUGAUCGCUUGCUGUACGUCAAAUGAGAUCUAAGUUCCGGCGAGGUUUCCCUGGGUCCACUGGUCCCUUAAGCAGCUCGCCCUCAUCAAUUCCAGGUGUGAAAAGCAAUCGUCUGCAGGCUUGUAGCUGCGCGGGCGAGCUGUCAGCUGAGAGAGCGCAUGUGGGCGUGGCCUGCGGUGCGCCCGUCAUGAGGCACAGAUGAGGACGCAUCGGAAUGCACCCUGGCUGUGACAAUUAGGGACCGAAUGUCUCUUCGGGACCGAGGACCCUAUUCAAUUUCUUUAUUAUUAUUCCGCAGCUUUGAGCUGUAAUUUGACCCCCUUAACAUGCUUCAAAAGUCACCAAAUGUGACACACACAUCAGGACUGGCAAACAUUGAGAUUUAAUCAAAAAACAAACCUAGCCUCAAAACUAAAAAUUGCGCUCUAGCGCCCCCUAGGAAGAAAACACAGACAAAACUGCCAGUAACUUCCAGGAGGAAUGUCGUAGAGACAUGAAACAAAAACCCUCUAUGUAGAUCUCACUUAGACCUAGAUUUCAUACGCUGACAUCCUCCCGCAAAAAUCAACAGGAAGUUUGCAAUUCCCCCUUCAAAACAAAAGUUUUGUAAAAACACUCACUUUUGCCUCUGUGAGCUGUAAUUUGACCCCCUUAACAUGCUUCAAAACUCACCAAACUGGACACACACAUCAGGACUGGCGAAAAUUGCGAUCUAAUCAUUAAAAACUAACUCCAAAACUCAAAAUUGCGCUCUAGCGCCCCCUAGGAAAAAAACUCAGACAACUGCCUGCAACUUCCAGUAGGAAUGUCGUAGAGACAUGAAACAAAAACCUCUAUGUAGGUCUCACUUAGACCUACAUUUCAUAUAUUGACAACCCCUAGCAAAAAUCCACAGGAAGUUUGCAAUUUCCCUUCAAAACAAAAGUUUUGUAAAAAAAAACGGUCAUAUUCUUCCAAACAUUAUCUCCUCUGAGCGCGUUUGUCGUGUCGGCUUCAAACUACCACAGGUGAGAGAUUGAACCCUUCUGAUUAAAAGUUGAUGAAAGAGUUUAAUUAUUGCUACAGUUUUGAUUUGAUCAGCCUUCAAAGAACCGCUGCGCUGAAAACCAUCUCAAAGAUGGCCGCCGUGCGCAGACACAGUGAGGGAGACGGGGUUUUUUUUCCGUUUUUUUCCCGUACCGUCUGCUGCUGGUGCGCACGCACCAACAUUCAUGAGGGAGGGGCUGUGAUCGUCUAUACCAAGAUGGCUGCCAGGUGCCGUAGCUAAGCCGGUGUAUUUAAAGUAUAUCGUAAAAACAAGCGUCCAACAUUUUACAACUAAUUAUAAACUUGUAGGUGCCGACCAUCAGUGUCGAGUUGCGACGAGAGAGUGUGUCCAUGUUCAGAUAUUAUAAGUCUAUCUGUUUGCUAAUAGUAGCUACUAGCCGUACCCAUGUCUUUUCAAUGGGCGGUUAUCAUCUGGUUUUAAUCCCGUUUCCUCCUAUGUUUCUGCUCCAAUUAAAUUUCUUUGUAUGUCGAGUCUUUAUUUUGGGUACUUCCAUACGGUGCCUGACUGUUGUGGCGUUUUAAGGCCAUCUGCACUUUUUAUGCUACGGUAAAGACAAUGAAUGGUCCGGUUUUGAGAGAGAUUGAACCCUUCUGAUUAAAAGUUGAUGAAAGAGUUUAAUUAUUGCUACAGUUUUGAUUUGAUCAGCCUUCAAAGAACCGCUGCGCUGAAAAACAUUUCUAAGAUGGCCGCCGUGCGCUCACACAGAGAGCUAGGCGUUUUUUUCCUUUUUUUCUUCUACCGCUCCCAGUAUGUAAUUUUAUGAAUGGCAUAAACGCGCCAGUGAUUUUAUGAGCCCUCAAAGAAAUGCUGCGCCGUUGCUGCCGUCUCAAGAUGGCGGCUUCCCGCUCAGACAAAACUGCCUCUAACUCCCAGUAGGAACAAAAACCUCAAUGUAGGUCUCACUCAGACCUAUAUUUCAUAUAUUGACAACCCCCAGCUAAAAUCAACAGGAAGUUUGCAAUUCCUGCUUCAAUACAAAAGAUGGCUUUUCAAACAUCUCCUCUGAGGCCGUUUGUGGUGUCAGCUUCAAAUAAGCACAGGAGAGAGAUUGAAACACCGCGGGGUCAGCAGCCCAAGUGAUCCCGUCCAUCGCUGCCUGCAGCUUUAAUUAUACAUUUAUUGUUAUUGUUGCUUUUGGUAUUUAUUCUUAUUGUAAUAUUUUGUAUUAUAUUUCAAUUUAAACCCUCAUUAUAUACUUUUUACUUUUCAAAUUUGAUCUCCAUUUUUUACACUGCUGCUGGAAUGUACAUUUUCCUGAGGGAACUCUCCUGAAGGAAUCGAUACCAUCCAUCCAUCUAAUGAAAACCUUGAUGUGGAUCAAUGGGGUUUAAGAUGUAUGACAUUGUUGUGGAACACAGUCUUGUUCAUGUAUAAGAUUAUUGAUUUUUUUUCCCCCCAGUCAAGUACAGGAAUUAAUAUACAAAACUGUACUUUCAUUUCAAAAUGAAGAGAACAAUUGGACUAAAAAUGCUGAGAAUAAAAGGUAGAAAACAUAUGUUUGUUGUGUAUAUAUUCUUAAUUCACUGAUAUACUCAUAUUAGUGCUUUUAUAUCAUUAUUUUUUAAAUAUAGAAGUGCUGCAUGGUUUCAUUUCUAACUGUAAAUGAUUCUUUUAUGAUAAAUAAUAAUAUGCUUCUAUUUACUUUAUGCAUCACUUGAGCAGUUGUGUUUUAUACAAGAUCAUUUACUUUUCCAAUGUGUGACUUUAUCAAUCAUUUCUUGCCUCCCAAUAAUCCAUUCUUUUAUGACUCUCUUUUUGUAAUAUGAAUAUUGUGAUUGUUUUAUCUGUAUGUCCCCAUUAUAAAACAAUGUACAGAUGAGGGAAGAUGGCAGAACUAUUUGUGGAAGGUUGUAAAGGAUAUCAUUGUGUAUAAGAAUCUACAUUCGUGAAUAAAAACGAACCUUUGACAAA